AUGCCUGUCGCAGCCUUAAAUAUCUUGCCUGCGGGUGCAUCAUCAACGUCAACAAUAAGGAAGUCGUCCCUUGUUCCGGAGAAGAAGUACAAAUGUCAAUUUUGUAAUAGAGCUUUCAGCAGGAGUGAGCAUCGUAGUAGACAUGAGAGAUCACAUACUAAGGAGCGUCCAUUCAAGUGCAUGAAGUGUAGAAGUACCUUUGUGCGACGCGAUUUGUUGCUCCGACAUGACCGAACCGUACACGCCAAAGAUGGAGGUAUUCCUUUACAUAGUGAUGUAAAGCGACGUGCCGGCCCCAAGGCAUCCGUUGUAUCCGGCUCAGCCAAAUCAGCCAUCGCUAUUGACACAUCGGCCCUUGAACAGAUCGAGGCCAGUAGUGAUGGGUUAGUUGACCUAGAGACUGCUGCCAUGUUGAUGACCGACCUUCACCACAAAGCUACUGCAGCAAUGCGCAACGCAGGCGUAGGCCCAUAUGAGAAUAGACCUGGAAUGGCUUUCUCUCAUAAUGGAACUCCGCUCAUGGAACCAUCCGUCACAUAUCCUUCGGGGGCAAUUUCGCUUCCCCAGGUCCCGUGGGAUUCUUUCAUGCCGCAGUCUGUAACGGAGCCAAAGUCUCAUUCAAUUACCUCGGGUGCUUCCGGUUCUCAAGAUUCCCAGGCGUCUUAUACAAGCGGUAGCACGAUGCAGCCUCAUCCUAAUCAGCUUCCACCUAUCGUAAAGCACAAGGCGUCGUCAAGCUAUAAUGGACUCGUCCCCGCGUUACAGUCCAUGAUCGAUUCAUUGCCACCCUCAAUGGCGUCCACCCCCCAAUUGUCACCAAUACAGCCCCGUUCUGAAGCAGCAGCGAUGAGAGCACCUCAAGUCACUGGCGAUGAAGAACGCAACAUUAUCUUGGAUAACAUCCGUGGCCACGAUAGUGAAAGAGCAAUUCCAGAAGGCUUCCGUCUACCCCCGUUAGCAUCGUUGAACCGAUUUCUUUCGACGUACUUCAGCUUGUUCCACCAUCACUUACCCUUCUUGCACCCUUCGACCUUUAAACCAACGCAAGUCUCACCACCACUUCUUCUUGCUGUGCUAUCCAUUGGUGCUCUUUAUGCCUUCGAUCAAGAUCAUGCAUACAUGAUGCACAUUGGCUCCAAGGUUCUCGUAAAUCAGUUCUUACAAAACAAGGAGAAUUUCAGCUCACGCAAGUGUCCUUUGUGGACCAUGCAAAGUUCACUUCUCAACAUGAUUUUCGCAAGCUGGAGUGGAGAUCCAAAGGGGUUGGAAUGGGCUUGCUCGAUCAAGAGUUUACUUGCUAACAUGGUUGCUGGUAAUCGUUACGAGCUGAAGCUUCGCACUGACGCUCGAGAAGGAGCUGCGCCUACCAGAUCCGAAUGGGUGGAAGAUGAGGGCUGCCGACGAACGUACUAUGCAGUAUAUAUCUUCUUUGGCUUACUGACAUUGACAUACAACCAUACGCCUGCUAUCAGCUUUAACGAGUUUGAAGAUCUACAGCUUCCCUCGACUGAAGCGAUGUGGAAUCUUAAUGUUUCCGACGAAGCUACCUGGAAAGAACACCUCAAAGCUGCCGAUAUACCAUCAUUCAUGGAGGCUCACGAUAACCUCUUUAAGGGCGAAUCCUUACGCUACAGUGCUUUCGCAACUCGUGUUAUGAUCAAUGCGCUUUUCCUUGAGAUCUGGUACCAUAAGCGCAGCCCGGAAGCACUUCAAGAUAUGGUCUUGGAAUUCAAACUCCGUCUUGCAUUGGAGACCUGGGAGAAAUCGCUUGACCUAUGUGAGCCAGAGAUUGUUUCAGUUCCACUCAAUGCCCCGCACAAAGGACAUCCAUUGAUCUUUAAUGCUAUGGCCCUGUUCCGCAAUGCUAAGGCUCGCCUUGAGGUUGACCUUAAAUCGAUUCAAGAAGUUCUGAGGUAUCAUGACUCUUAUGAAGUUGCUGCUGCCAUGUCAAAUGCUAGGGACAAGGUCAAGAGGUCCAGCGAGAUGAUCAAAGUCGUUCAAGAAUGCUACAAUUGCAUUGAAACUGCAGCCGUUCAAGGAAUUCGCUGGGUUGCUAGGACGUCGGCUACCAACUGGAGUAUCGAACAUCCUCUUUGUGGCUUGGAUCUCAUGGUGAUCCUCAGCUUGUGGCUCUAUCGCCUGGAAAAUGACGAGGAGCCUCCGACUGAGGAGGAAUUGGUCAUGCAAAACAAGAUCCGAGCCCUCUUUGACGAUGAUUCUGUAGGCUAUAGCUCCAAGCUUAGCUCUACCGUCGCUCGUGUCUGGGGUAGCAUGCUUGAUGAAGUUGUCGUUUGGGGAAUCACAAAACUCAUGGGUGACUCCUUCCGACUUCAUUCUCAAGCCCUUGUCGGCUACGAGGAUGACAUGGAAGUAUCGGACGUUUCAACGCCCUCCAUGAUUUCUCAAGGAAUGGAUGACGCUGACGAUAGCGUGUACUAA